AUUUAUUUGGGAAGCAAAAAGACUGUAAACACGCCCAAAAUAGGUUGAACCGAAGCAUCCUCAAGUUGUUUUACGUUUGGGGUUGACGGCCUCGUUCAGGAAACCACGUAGCUCACAUGUACCGCUACUGGCGAUCGAUCCCUUAAAAGGUAUGGAUAUGUACAGGGUUGUACAUUUGUCUUUUGAGAGGCUCUGAGUUGCGUUACAAGAGCCCAUAUAUAUAUAUAACCCGGCUGUCCUGGCAUUCGGCUGCAUAUAGCCCACUCGGCAAAGAGCAAACACAUCCCCCGCACUACACUCUCGUCUUCUAUUUCAAAAUGUCAGAAGGAUUAGCUGACUUCCAGGUUCCUGGAAUUACUGAUACAUGCCAUACAUGGUACAAAGUGGUUGGCGAUCUCAAGUCUGGCACUACUCCGCUUGUUAUUUUACAUGGCGGCCCAGGUGCUUGCCACGACUAUCUGCUGCCGUUGACAAACCUGAAAGUUACCUUGGUCUUUUACGACCAGAUUGGAAAUGGCAAGUCUACACAUCUCCCCGAAAAGAAUGGCGAUGAAACUUUCUGGACUGUGCAGCUUUUCAUGGACGAGCUAGACAACCUGCUACGCCACCUCGGUCUGGACUCUCGCCCUAUUGAUAUCUUGGGACACUCCUGGGGUGGUAUGCUUGGAUCACAAUGGGCUGCCUCGAAUUCUAGCGGCAAUCUCCGUAAAUUGAUCCUAUCCAACACUCUGGCUAGUAUGGCGACUUGGAUUGAGGGCCUUACGACGCUCAAGAACCAGCUUCCCGAGAAGGAGAUAGCGGCGAUUGAUGAGGCUGAAAGAACCAAAAACUUCACUACGCCUGAGUAUGAAGCUGCUAUUGAUAUAUUCUACCAGCGUCACUUUUCUCUUGCUAGGCCCUGGCCUCCACCUGAGGUGGAAGCAGCUAUCUACUGGCUCACAAAGGACUCUACCACGUAUGGAACUAUGUACGGGCCCAGCGAAUUGACAACUACUGGGUCGCUUCGUGAUUGGACCGUGAUCCCAGACCUACACAAGAUCAAGGUCCCAACGCUGCUCAUUAACGGCGCUCAAGACGAAGCCCAGGAUGUAGCGAUGCGGCCAUUUUUUGACAGGAUUCCAAAUGUCAAGUGGAUUACAUUUGAUAAUGCUGCACAUCUUGCUUAUGUUGAUCAGAAGGACAAGUAUAUGAUGCAAGUACAGAGAUUUCUCGAUAACUAGAACGCUAUCAAUAUUACUACGUUCAUACCUUGUCGAACCAUAUCAACUCAUCGUCUAAUGCUGGUUCUAACGCAAUGCCAAUGGAAACGACUGCGCUGGCAUCAUUCAAUUUGAACUGAACCUGUUCAAACGAAAUGGGUGCACCGCCGAACUGGUCGCACAUGUGUAGAUGACCCCCAAACAUGGUUUGCCCCGAAACGUGAAAGAUUGCCAGCUUGAAUCCCAACGAACGAUCAGAUCCAUCUAUAAAGAGGCCGCCAUCUUUAAUUUCAACAGUAACAGUAUGAUACCCCUUGUUUGCGUAAUUUCCCACAUAGACAUCGAGUGGGAGCGUAUUUGGCUCGCGAGUUGUAAGCUCAGGGUACAGCGAUUUGCCAAUGGCGUCAAAAUCGGGCGCCUCGUAGUCCGCGUCAGUGCCUUCUCUUUUAUGAACCGCUUCAUCCCAGUCAACAAACUCUUUUUCUGAAACUUCAAGUAGACUGUCAAUUAGUUCAAAGGCAAUGGUAUACCCAAGGUGUCGCCCAAAGGUGCCAUUUGUGAAUAUGCACCCCCCAAACUUCUGAUCUGGCAUAAAGAAGUGAUAUGUCCCAAUCCCAUCAAUCUCGCCAGCAUGUGAUACUAGCAGGCGGCCACGGUAAUGGAACGAGUUCCAGCCACUACAGCAUAUCAUGGUCGAUGUGUAGGGCAGUGCGAACUCGUAGUUUGGAUAUUGUAUCAUUCUCUGCUUGAUCAUUGCUUUGGAGACGGCUUCCGUAACAGUCUCUUUGUGGUACAUCGCUGCUCGAACCCAUUUGAUGUAGUCAUUUACACAUGUUACUACGCUUCCAGCGCCUUGGGCUUCGGGGGCUUCUGGCAUGUCAAUUUCGACGAGCUCGUUCAGAUCCGGUCGCCAGACGUAGGCCUUGGCGAGGCGUUCACCAAGACCGUUGGCUAUAGCUGCUGAAGGCUGUAUGUUUGUGGAGUUCAUUUGAAGCGGUUCAAAGAAUUUCGUUUUUAGAUACAUUGGGAAUGUAGUCUUUGUCAUCUCUUCGAUAAGAUGGGUUGCAACUGUAUACAUGGUAUUGUUGUACAUGUAUUUUGUCCGUAGCGGGUGGGAGACCUUGAGGUUCCGGAGGUUACGUGUUACUGACUUUGGCGUAUCUGGAAUUUUAGCGCGUGGACCUAGAUAUGACACAUCGUG